AUGCAGUCAGCGUACAGAUUCCAUCACAGUACAGAGACAGCACUACUUGGAGUUGUGAAUGACGUAAUGAUGGGGAUUGAUGAUCAACAAGAAUGUGUUCUAGUGUUACUUGAUCUUUCAUCAGCAUUCGACACAAUUGAUCACGACAUUUUGCUUGACAGGCUGUGUAAUCGUUAUAGUCUUUCGGGGGUAGUUCUGGAUUGGCUAAAGUCUUACCUCUGUGAUCGCCCUCAGCGCGUGGUCGUAGAUAAUGUUUCUUCACAACCGUGUUUCGCUAGCUGUGGGGUUCCGCAAGGAUCUGUUUUGGGACCAUUGUUGUUCUCUUUGUACAUUGCUUCCCUCGAAGAUGUGAUCCAUGUCCCAUGGAAUAGAUGCCAUGAU